CCAUAGUUUUAAACUUAUCUUACCUCUUAAUCAAAUCUCCUCCUUGAAUUCUUAUUCCAUCUCUUCUUGCUAUUUGCCUCAGUCUUUCUUGCCUUUCCUUUCUUUCUGCAUGGCAUUUCUGAGAAGCAAUACUAAAUCUUCAGAAUCAGUAUCUGAUAAUUUGGUCUGAACUUAAUCUUAGUCAUAGCAUUGAAAUGUCUCAUUUCAUGCUGUUCUUUGCAAUACUUCAUGCUAUUCUUGCUGUUGCUCUUGGAGAUAGCUUGAGAGAUUCCAUCUCACUUCUGAGAAUCAAAUCAGAACUGGUUGAUCCAGCAGGAGUUCUUGACAACUGGUCUCCAAGAGCUCAUAUAUGCAGUUGGAAUGGCCUUUCAUGUUCAGAUGAUCAGAUGCAUAUUGUUGGUCUGAACCUAUCUGGAUCAGGACUAUCUGGUUCUAUCCCACGUGAGCUUUGGCAACUCACUUCAAUCGAAACACUCGAUUUGUCUUCGAAUUCCCUCACUGGUCCGCUUCCUCCUGAGUUGCAACAGCUUCAAAAUCUUGAAACACUUCUCCUCUAUUCAAACUUUCUCUCUGGUGAGAUUCCUCCAGAAGUAGGCCUUUUGAAGAACUUGCAAGUUCUCAGGAUAGGAGAUAACUUGUUAUCAGGUGCAAUAACACCAAGCAUUGGCAACUUGACUGAGUUGAGAGUGUUGGGUCUUGCCUAUUGCCAAUUAAAUGGAAGCCUUCCAGUUGAUAUUGGCAAUUUGAAGCACCUGAUAUCUCUUGAUUUGCAGAACAAUAGCCUCAGUGGCCUCAUACCAGAAGAGAUUCAUGGCUGUGAAGAGCUUCAGAACUUUGCAGCAUCAAACAACAUGCUUGAAGGAGAUAUCCCUUCUUCGAUAGGAUCGCUUAAGUUACUGCAAAUCCUGAACCUGGCCAACAACAGCCUUUCUGGAUCAAUUCCUGUUGUGUUAAGUCAACUCACCAAUUUGAAGUACUUGAAUUUUCUAGGGAACAGAUUGAACGGCGAUAUUCCUUUGGAGCUUAACCAGUUGGUUCAGCUUGAGAUGCUUGACUUGUCACAAAACAACCUCUCAGGAAGCAUACACCUUCUCAGCACCCAACUGAAGAAUCUUGAAGCUCUGGUUUUGUCUGAUAAUGCCUUGACAGGUAGCAUUCCAAGAAACUUCUGCCUCAGAAAUUCAAACCUUCGACAACUUCUUCUGGCUCGAAACAAACUCACCGGAAGAUUUCCUUUAGAAGUACUGAGCUGUUACUCACUCCAGCAGUUGGACCUUUCAGAUAACAGCUUUGGAGGAGAGCUACCAGCUGCCCUUGACAAACUAGAGAAUCUCACUGAUCUUGUCCUCAAUAACAACAGCUUUACUGGAACUCUACCUCCUGAAAUUGGAAACAUGAGUUACUUGGAAAAUCUGUAUCUGUUUGGCAACAUGAUCACAGGUGGAAUUCCAGUGGAGAUUGGAAAGCUACAAAGGUUGAAAACCAUUUACCUGUAUGAUAACCAGAUGUCAGGAUCCAUACCAAUAGAGGUAACAAACUGCUCAGACUUAACAGGAAUUGAUUUCUUUGGGAACCAUUUCACCGGGCCCAUCCCUGCAACAAUUGGAAAUCUUAAGAAUCUAGUUUUACUCCAACUGAGACAGAAUGGCUUGUCAGGUCCUAUUCCACCAAGCUUAGGUUACUGCAGAAGUCUUCAGCUAUUGGCCUUGGCUGAUAACAAGCUCACUGGAACAUUGCCACCUACAUUCAGAUUCAUUUCACAACUAAGCACCAUCACCCUUUACAACAACUCCUUUGAAGGCCCUCUUCCCUCAUCACUUUUUCUUCUAAAAAACCUCAAGAUCAUAAACUUUUCUCACAAUCGGUUCAGUGGAACCAUCUUUCCUCUCUCCGGUUCGAAUUCUCUUACUGCUGUAGACUUAACAAACAAUAGCUUUUCAGGUUCCAUUCCUUCUAGACUAUCCAUGUGUAGAAAUUUAAGCCGUCUCCGCCUUGCACACAAUCACCUCACUGGAACCAUCCCUUCUGAGUUUGGCCAACUCACACAGCUCAACUUUCUUGACUUAUCCUACAACAAUCUCACAGGAGAAGUGCCACCUCAAUUGUCUUCAUGUAAGAGAGUUGAGCACCUUUUGCUAAGUGAUAACCAAUUCAGAGGAACAAUACCUCCAUGGUUAGGAAGCUUACAAGAACUAGGAGAGCUAGACUUCUCAUCAAACAACUUCCAUGGAACAGUACCUGCAGAACUUGGUAACUGUUCAAACUUACUGAAGCUUUCUCUGCAUGGCAACAGUCUCUCCAACAUGAUCCCAGAGGAGAUAGGAAAUCUCACAUCUCUUAAUGUUCUUAAUCUUCAGAGAAAUAAUUUUUCGGGUUCUAUUUCUUCAACGAUCAGGCAGUGCAAGAAGCUCUAUGAACUGAGGCUCUCAGAGAACUUCUUGACAGGUUUGAUACCAUUUGAGCUAGGAGAGCUCACUGAGUUACAAGUCAUCCUGGAUCUCAGCAAAAACUUAUUCUCUGGUGAAAUUCCAUCAUCUCUUGGCAAUCUAAUGAAGUUGGAGAGGUUGAACCUAUCUUCCAAUCAACUCCAAGGAGAAGUUCCUGUUUCACUUGGAAAGCUGACCAGCCUGCACAUGCUAAACCUGUCAAAUAAUCAUCUCCAGGGCCAAAUUCCAUCAACUUUUUCAGGAUUCCCACUAAGCUCCUUCUUGAGAAAUGACAAGAUUUGCGGCCCACCAUUAGCAAAAUGUCUGGAAUCUCAAGGGCAGAGGAAAAGGCACCUUUCUGAUGCUGCAGUAACUGGCAUUACAGUGGCCAUUGUGUUGACAUCCACAGGAAUUUGCUUGGUGAUGCUUUAUAUCAUGUUAAGGAUGUGGUGCAAAUGGAGAAAAGUUUCUAUCUCAAACUUGGAUGGUGGUGGGGCUGAAUACAAGAGAGAAGAGGAGAAAUGGGGUCUUGGUAAUGAGAAGAAGAGGCCUGGUGACUACUGGAAAGUGGAGUCGGUGGCAGAAAUGCAACAACAGCAUGCAUUCUACACCUCAAAAUGAGAAAAGAAGCCAUGAUGGUGGUAAAUACCUUAUUUUGAAGUCAUGGGAAUUACCCAUCUUUUAUUUUCUUUCCUCUUCCAUUUUAAAAUUGAAUUGUUGUACAAUCUCCCUCUUUUAACUUUUCAGUCUUUCUUUACGAAGUGCAAGUGCUAUGUGAUUCUAUUUUGAGUUCUUGAAUUGUGAAGUGUAAUUUGAAGCAUAGACUUUAGAGUUGUGAAGUGUAAUUUGAAGUAUGGACUUUUGAGUGUAUAGAUUUCUGUAACUGUAAGAAGCUAGAGAGAGCACAUUUUGGAUAUAUUCUUCAAUGUAAUCUGAGCUUUUUUAUUUGAGGAUAUCUCAUAUUUCAUGGUUUGCCAGACAA